ACUGUAAGUUAAAUUGGUUCUUUGUCCUGUUUCACCAGCAUGAAAUGGCAGAUGAGCAGGCACGGAUUGAAUCCUUUUUGCCUUGGCCAUUGCAUGCUCCAGUUAACCCAGAGUCACUUGCUCAAGCAGGUUUCUACCACACAGAUUUCGAUGACCCAUGGGUGGAACAUGCUCGGUGGUACCCAGGGUGUGAGCUCUUAGGGCAGCUGGAAGGGGGGGGGGCCGUCGUGCGAGCAGAACAGGCCUCUAGAUCUUCUCCUGACUACACUCAAAGCCAGCAACAUGCACAGUAUGUCCUCGAGUCAGCACUUGACUCCAGGUGGUACCUGUUCAGAAGUGCCCUGGGACAGCUGCAGCUGUAUGACAGUCACCUGCGGAUCAGCCUGCCCCUCGGCAGUGGGAAACACCGAGACAGGUUCCAGGUGCUUCUUCAGGUGAAUGGCCAGGCCAUGGUGGUGGAUGUCGCCUCAGUGCAGUUUGUGAAGAAUCCACCAUCUACAGAAACAGCAAGACAGGUUUCUCUUCUGUUGGAAGAUGAGACAGCUGUGAUGGAGAAACUGCAGGAAGUUCUGUUCACCAACAGCUCAGGGUUUCCAGACUUGCCAUGUGGGAUCAGGCCAGGACAAAUCUGCCUACACAGACUGGACAGACAGAAGAAGGUGGUUGUGAGUUCAGCUGCCCAUGCCAACUCACAGUGUGGCACGGUCUUGGUGGCACCAAUCAACGAGCUGGGGACUGCAGACAUCAACCAAAUCACCUCAGCAAAGAAGAUGGCCCCAACGGACGAGUUUGGCAGUGAAGAAGGCCAGGAGGAAAAGAUUCGCACUGGGGCACUAGAAAUGCUCACACGCUAUACACACCAGAUUCGCAUCUCAUCAAAGCCGAAGACCCCUAAGAAGGGAAGAAAGCAGAAGGACAACAGUGCAUCUUCCAGCAAUAACAAUAACAACACUGAGUCCCCUGCCACUGAGAAGUCAAAGGAGAAGCUGGUCGAACCAAAGGUUCCUGAGAUCAUUCCCCACCCAUCUCAGCACACUGCUUCACCAGCGUUUCAGAACACUAGUAUUUCAUAG